UUUGCUUAUCUCCAUAUAAAUGAUUUCCGUAUAAAAUUUAAUUUAUUCAUAUUUAAACUCUAUUGCCUUCGUCAAAACUCAAAACACACCGAGCGAAUGCACUCCCCCUAGAAACCAAAACAGCAUAUAGCUGAGAAUUAGCAGGGCUAGAGAGUCUGUGUCUUUAAUUACUCAUUUGUGUUCCACCACAAUGCCGAUUUCAACGAGUAAACUGAAAUCUGUUGAUUUUUACAGGAAAAUUCCAAGAGAUCUGACAGAGGCAUCACUAUCAGGUGCUGGGCUAUCCCUUAUUGCAGCCUUUUGCAUGAUCCUUUUAUUUGGAAUGGAACUACAUCAUUAUCUGGCUGUGAGCACUACAACAUCUGUAGUUGUUGACAGGAGUGCUGAUGGGGACUUUUUACGAAUUGAUUUUAACAUUAGUUUUCCUGCAUUGUCUUGUGAAUUUGCAUCUGUUGACGUGAGUGAUGUCCUUGGAACAAAUAGGUUGAAUAUUACAAAAACAGUGCGAAAAUAUGCUAUAGAUUCAAAUUUGAGGCCUACUGGGUCUGAAUUUCAAUCUGGAGCAAUUGAAAAUGCUAUUAAGCAUGAUGAUGAAGCAGAUGAAGAGCAUGCUGAAGGUUCAGUAACACUAACUGGACGUAACUUUGAUAGAGUAUCACACCAGUAUCCAAUUUUGGUUGUGAACUUUUAUGCUCCUUGGUGCUAUUGGAGUAAUCGAUUGAAACCUUCUUGGGAGAAAGCAGCCAGUAUUUUAAAAGAAAGAUAUGACCCAGAAAUGGAUGGGCGGAUUCUAUUGGGAAAGGUUGAUUGUACUGAAGAAAUUGAUUUAUGCAGAAGAAAUCACAUUCAAGGUUAUCCAUCUAUUCGAAUCUUCAGGAAGGGAAGUGAUAUUAGAGAUGACCAUGGACACCAUAAUCACGAGUCUUACUAUGGAGACCGAGAUACGAACAGCCUGGUGACGACAAUGGAAGAACUGGUUGCAUCUAUUUCGUUGGAGUCAAAGUCUUCAGACGGUAAAUCUGUUAACGUCACAGAAGGUACAAAACGACCUGCACCCGCAACAGGGGGAUGCAGACUUGAAGGUUUUGUGCGUGUUAAGAAGGUUCCAGGAAACCUUGUCAUAUCAGCUCGUUCAGCAGCUCAUUCAUUUGAUGCUUCCCAGAUGAACAUGUCACAUGUGAUCUCCCGUUUUUCCUUUGGUAAGAUGUUAACCCCACGGGUAGCAAGUGAUGUGAAGAGGUUAAUACCAUACCUAGGUCAAAGCUAUGACAAGUUGAGUGGCAAUGCUUACAUUACCAAUCCAAAGGAGUCCAGUGAAAAUGUUACGAUUGAGCAUUACAUUCAAGUUGUGAAAACAGAGGUGAUGACAAGAUCCUAUAAACUCGUGGAGGACUAUGAGUACACAGCUCAUAGUAGUUUGGUUCAUAGUCUUUAUAUACCAGUCGCUAAGUUUCAUUUUGAGCCAUCACCAUUGCAGGUGCUCAUAACAGAAAACGUAAAUUCGUUCUCACACUUUCUUACAAAUGUCUGUGCCAUUAUUGGAGGCGUUUUUACGGUGGCUGGCAUAUUGGAUUCGAUUUUGCACAAUACUAUGAGAAUGGUGAAAAAAGUUGAAUUAGGAAAGAAUUUUUGAUAAAUAGUUCAUCAAAGUCAUUUAAUUUAAUCUAUAUGUAUUGUUCGUAGACCAAACAUAAACGUAGCAUUAAAAAAGAAUGCUACGGAUUUCUGUUUUUCAUCUAACUGGAUUUUGACAUUAAAAAAGAAUAUAUUAUGUAUUGAAUAAUACUAUAAUGCAUCGGGAAUAAUAUUAAAAGAGCCACACACACCAGCUCUUGGGUUACUCAUAUUACAAGGUUGGUUCUUUGAGAGUAUAGAACGCCAAAUCUUAACAAAUGAUACUCUGCGUAGACCUUCACCCCUUCAGCUACUUAAAUCCCUUGUGU